AUGGAACCUGCAAUGGCAGUGAAUAUUCUUACAACCAUCAAAGACAAAGGACAUGAAGUGAAGACACUUGUAAUGGAUGAUGACACGAUGACUAUUUCCAAGUUUAGAAGUGAAGUGGAUAAAACUAUACAGAAGUGUAGUGACAAAAAUCACACCAUAAAGAACUUUACAAGUUCUCUUUAUGCCUUACAAAAAGAUAAAACACUUCAAAGGAAAUGUGAUGUAUCUUGGUGUAGAUAUCUUCAACAUCCUGAGACCUAUGUGCCACGGAACCUUCCUUAUGGAAAGUACUUGUCAAACCAGGAUCUAUUUGACAGACUGCUGCAAAUAUUUACAACAUAUGCAGAAAAAUCAGACAAAUUAUUAACAUUGGGAAGCACACAAAGCAAUGAAUCUUUCAAUGGACUAGUAUCAGUGAAGAACUCUAAGAACAGAUUUUAUUCAGGGUCAGAGAGCACAUCCCACAGAGUGGCAGCAGCUGUAUGUCAAAAGAAUUUAGGAGAAGAGUAUUUACUUCAGACACAUGAGGAACUUUCAUUGUCCCCAGGCCGACAGACAGAAAGACAUGUCAGCAUACAGAAAAAAAGAAAGGAGAGGGAAGAUAGUUUGAGGAGGACUGUGGCACAUAAGAGAAGAAGAAAUGAGCUAAAACAUAGUAGCCAAAAUAAAACAACCACAACAGAAAUGCGUGAGGGAUUGAGUUAUAAGACCGCGGUUGACCUUGCUGGUUACUCAUCAGAGUCUACAGAAGAAAUACCCUCUCCCAUGCAGCCAGUAGAACAGACACCACUACCAACAGCGUGUUACACCCAUGUAUACUUUGACUUAGAAACAACUGGACUUGGUCUGGCAGAAAUAACCCAAAUAGAAGCUGUGCAUAACAGGGAGGAGUUUUCCAUAUAUGUUGAACCGAAGGUACCCAUCAGUUUAGCAGCAACAAAAGUGACUGGCAUAACAUAUGAUGGAACUACUAUGUUCAAGAAUGGAAAACCAGUACCAUGUUAUCCACUGGAACAUGCACUGUCUAAAUUCCAGGUAUUUCUUCAGAAGUUCAAUAAUCCUGUUUUGUUUGCUCACAAUUGUCAACAGUUUGACAGUGUUGUACUGUGCCAUGCUAUGCAGAGUGUGCCAAAUUUGAAAUUGGAAGAAAGUUUUUGUGGUUUCUGUGACACUCUUCACUUGAUGAAAGGAAUUUUGCCACUUCAGAAAAGCUAUUCUCAGGAAGCACUUGUUGAUGUUAUUUUGAAUGAGAAAUAUUCAGCACAUGAUGCUCUUGAAGACUGGCAGAAAACCCUUAGACAAGAAAAUUUCAUCUCUCUUCAGCCACUCGUCAGAGGUAAAUGUAUUUCAGAAAACAUGGCUAAGAAAAUUGCAAAUUCAGGACUUUGUCUGCAUCAUUUGAAAUUAGCAUUUCAUAGAGAUAGUCAUGAUGGAAUAAGAAUUCUCUUUUCUGAGAAAACAAAUGGGAAAGCAAGAGUCACAAACAGGACCAAAAUAAUCUCAUCUGUAUCUCAGUUCCUUCAAGAUCAGUUUAGUGUUCCUAAAUCAUGA